AUGGCGCCGACGAAGCGCACGACCAGCAAGGUCGCCAAGAAGCCCGGCGCAAGCAAGAAGAAAAAGGCGCCGGCGCCGCCGCCGCCCGAGCCAAGCUCGUCGGACGACGACAGCAGCAGCAGCAGCGACGACAGCUCGUCGGAGGAGGAGGUCGCGCCGCCCGCGCCGGCGCCGAUGGCCGUCGACAACAGCAGCGACGACUCGUCGAGCGACGACGACUCGUCGAGCAGCGACGACGACGAGCCCGCGCAGCCGGCGGCCGCCGCGGCGGCCUCGAGCUCGGACGACUCGUCGGACAGCUCCGACUCGGACGACGAGGCGCCGGCCGCGCCCGCCGCGGCGGCCGCCUCGAGCUCGGACGACUCCUCCUCGGACGACGACAGCUCGGACUCGGACGACGAACCCGCGCCCGCGAAGGCGGCGCCGGCCGCCGCGGCCAGCUCCUCGGACUCGGACGACGACUCGUCGUCGGACGACUCCUCGGACGACGAGGCGCCCGCGAAGCCGGCCGCCGCCGCCGCCGCCGACAGCUCGUCCGACUCGGACGACGACUCGAGCAGCUCCGACGACUCCGACGACGAGCCCGCCAAGCCCGCGGCGCCGGCGGCGGACUCCUCCUCGGACGACAGCUCCGACGACGACUCGUCGAGCUCCGACGACGACGAGCCCGCCAAGCCGGCGGCGCCCGCGGCCGCCGCGGCCGACUCGUCGUCGGACGACUCGAGCAGCGACGACGACUCGGACAGUUCUGAUGAUGAGCCCGCCGCGCCCGCCAAGCCGGCGGCACCCGCGGCGGACUCGUCCUCGGACGACUCGAGCAGCGACGACAGUUCUGACGACGACGACGAGCCCGCGAAGCCGGCGGCCGCGGCCGACUCGAGCAGCGACGACUCGUCGAGCGACGACGACGACGAGGAAGAGGAGGACGCUGCCGCGCCGGCGAAGAAGAAGGCCAAGACCGAGGAUGCAGAAGUAGAUAGAACAGUUUACCUGAAGGGCCUGCCCUGGUCCGUCGACGAGGGCUCCGUGUCGAGCUGGAUGGCGGCCUGCGGAAGCGUCGAGAAGGUCGAGCUGCCCAUCGGCGCCGACGGACGCGCGUCCGGCGCCGCGUUCGUCAUUUUUUCAUCUACCGAUGAAGCGGAGAAGGCCCUGGAGAUGAACGGCGAGACCUUCCCCGACUCGGAACGCUGGAUCAAAGUCUUGAGAGGGUCGCACGGCCGCCGCGAGUGGGACGACGCGGGCAAGCCCAACGACGACAACGUGUCCUCCAUCUUCAUCGGUAAUUUGUCCUGGACCGUCGAGGAGUCGCACGUGCGCGAGUGCUUCGCGAACUGCGGCGAGAUCCUGAGCGUGCGCUUCUCGACGGACCGGGAGACGGGCGAGUUCCGAGGGUUUGGGCACGUCGACUUCGACACUCCCGAUGCCGCCACUGCCGCUGUCGCUUUGGCUGGCGCCUGGGUCGACAACCGCCAGAUCCGUGUCGACUACGCGAAGCCGAAGCCGCCGCGCGACUCCUGGGGCGGCGGCGGCGGCGGCGGCUACAGCCCGCGCGGGCGCGGCGGCGGCGGGAAAGGUGGUGGCCGCGGCGGCGGGCGGGGCAAGGGCGGCGGCCGGGGCGGCGGCCGGGGCAAGGGCGCGAGCCCGCGCGGCGGCUCCACUUUGAAGCGGGGCUCGGGCGCGAUCGCGACGUCGACGGGCAAGAAGACGACGUUCGACUAG